CUGCCUUAUUUGCAAGCAACGCCAAUCUUCUGCAAUUGAGCAAAUUUCAACACAAAAACAAAAAAAUCUCUCUUUCUUGGAUUUUAGGGUUUCUGGUGCGGCGUCCUUUAUGUUCCCUUCAAAUUCUCUCCAUAUCAGACCAGGAUUUCUCUAAUCACUCCAAUUUCGUCUAAUCGGUUUAUAUCGUCAAAAUUUGGGAUUUUUUUUGAAGAACAAGAGUUAUGUUCAUAAUUUCUUCAUCAUCCGCCAUCGUGUCCGUCGUCAUCUUCGAAAAUCUCCGUGUUUUUGGACCCGGUUUGAAUCCUUUCGCUCCCUAUUGCAUUGCCAAUCAUUUUCUUGCUUCUCGCUAAUUUUUCCAAAAAAAAAAACAUGUAAAUUAGUGGUUUUGUUCUUCAUCGUCUUCUUAUAAUCCUUCUCAAGCUUUUAGGGUUUUUUGCAAUCGCUGCGUUUUUCCUCAAAGAUUGUGUAAAACAUGUAAAUUAAAAUUAUCGGUUUUGUUCUUCAUCGUCUUCUUAUAAUCCUUCUCAAGCUUUUGGGGAUUUCUCAAUCGUUGCGUUUUUCCUCUGAGAUUGUGUAUUGGGAUUAUUUUUCAUCGUUGAUUGAUAAAUUGGAAGGAAGAAAACGAGGAUGCCCCAGGAGCAGUUGGAUACCGUUUCGGUUUUACUGAGGCGUAGUCUGUCGAAAAGACGGAGUUUUAGGUCAAGAGUCGAUAGGGAUGACCGAGGUUGGACUUUGCUUCAUAUCGGUGCCAGAAAAGGUGAUCUUAAAGAGGUGAAGCGGUUACUUGAUAAAGGAAUGGAUGUUAAUGCACCUGCAUGGGGUCCCAAAUCAAAAGGGGUGUCCCCUCUCCACCUAGCUGCUAAGGGAGGCCAUGUUGAGGUUAUGGAUGAAUUGCUUGAGCAUGGUGCUGACAUUGAUGCUAGAACCUGGGGUGCCUGUGGCUGGACUCCACUUCACAAUGCAGCAAAAGAAAGGAAGAGAGAGGCCGUCAAAUUCCUUCUGGAGAAUGGGGCAUUCUUGCCUGAUGACAUGAAUGAUAUGAGAUUUAAUCCACCACUCCAUUACUGCCCUGGUCUUGAAUGGGCAUACGAUGAGCUGAAGCGUCAGCAGAGAGAAAAUCUGUCAGUAGCUAGUUGCACUCAUCAGACUUUUUUUUCUCUGGAUUUUACUCUUUCCGGAGGCGAAUCUUCUUUCUCACUGCCGUUCAGUGGUCGUCCCUGUCCCUUUUGGGUAGGAGUGGCCUCCCUCCUUUACUUGGAUGUUAGGUACCUUUUACCUGCUGUUUGUGUUUUAGUUUGUUGCUUGUGAAUCUGUGUGGGGGAGGAGUAUGUCGGAGACGUUCAUGGCAUUGUUUUUACAGCUUUGAAUAUCGAAAACUCUAUAAGAGAGCGAGAUAGCCGGAGGACCACCCUCUGUUUUUUCAAUGAACAUGGUUUGGUGCUUGCAUGCUUUGUUUGGAUGGCUGGUGUGGAUCUCUCUGAUCUAGGGCUCUUUGUGCUUGGGACGGUUCCUUCAGGCUUCUGCCGAGUCUUGGUCCUGUGGUGCUUCGUCAAUCCCCUCUUCCCCCUAGUGAAGAAUCUGUGACUUUUCAGUAUACCCCUCAACUGUGUGGUUUGGCUUCAAUUCCCUUUCCCGUGGGCCGUUGUUUUUUGGGGUUAUGGUUAUCAAUCGUUAAGCCGAGGUCUCCAGUCAGUAUGUGUUCCCCAUUUUUCAUGGCCGUCUACGGCGUUUGAAUGCGCUCCCUUGUGCCUUCGUGUUGAGUGUGUUUGCAAUCUAUAUAUAUCAUUUAAUUUAAAAUUUAUGAGGUAAAAUGUAUAAAUUUUAAGUUU